ACAUCGAUAGUUUUUGCUGCGCUACCUUGAAUGACAGGCAGAGAAACUGAGAGCUAAAAAGUAAGAAGAAGCAAGCUCUUGAAACUACCAACAACCAAAAUUUUAAGAAGCAACAAGCCAGCAAUCAACUGCGAAGCGAAACGCUCAACACACAGUGAAGUGGAAGCUGUAGACGAACGACGCGAGCAAGCGGCCAAGCAGGCAAACAAAUACAUAUAGAAAAAAAAAUGAUUAAACUUUUCUCGCUGAAACAACAAAAAAAGGAUGGAGAUCAGACGGCACGCGGUGGCCAGCAGAAAAAGGCAUCAGCUGCCCAGCUGCGCAUACAAAAAGAUAUUAACGAACUGAACCUGCCAAAAACUUGUGUCACGGAGUUUCCAGACAGCGAUGACUUGCUAAACUUCAAAUUGAUUAUAUCCCCCGACGAGGGCUUCUAUAAAGACGGGCGAUUUGUGUUCAAUUUUCGCGUGGGGUCCAAUUAUCCGCACGAGCCGCCAAAGGUGAAAUGCGCCACACAGGUGUAUCAUCCGAACAUCGAUCUAGAGGGCAAUGUGUGUUUGAACAUUUUACGCGAGGACUGGAAUCCAGUGCUGACCAUCAAUUCCAUUGUCUAUGGCUUGCAAUUUCUGUUCUUGGAACCCAAUCCUGAGGAUCCCCUAAAUAAGGAAGCCGCCGAUGUGCUGCAAAGCAAUCGACGCCAAUUUGAGUAUAAUGUUAAGAAGGCAAUGCGCGGCGGUUGCGUUGGCGAGACUUUCUUUGAAUGCUGUCUCAAGUGAUAUAUAGGAAAUGAAAACUCUAUUAUUUAAGUACCGGCAUCUGCCUGCCUGCUCUGUUGUUGCUGCUGCUGCUGCCGCUGCCGAUACCGCUGCCCCGCUCCACUGACUCAAUGAUGAAUGCACUUUUAAUAGUUCAACACAAGCAACACACGUAGGAGAGGAGGGCAACCAACAAGCCACAGCAACGACAACAACAACAACA